AUGAUUUUCUCUCUAACACAAACAUGGAGUUUUUUGCUUGCUCUUUUGGUAUUUACGGAUUUAUCUGCACUUCUUCACUCAUACACAACCACCCAUUACCACCACCGCCACCGUGUGAGUCCACCACCACCACCUGCGCCCAAGUCCAAGCCAUGUCCUCCGGGAUUCGUGCAGCAUAAAUCUCCACCACCACCUCCACCGCCCGCCUGGUUCUACUUCUACUCUCCCCCACCACCAAGUCCGCCCUAUUCACCAAAGUUUCCACGGCAUGCACCUCCACCAUCUCCUCCCAACCGCACCUGA